AUGGUCUUAGUCAGCGGAAGCCGUCGGGAAGAGCGAAGCUCCUGGGUCUGGGCCCUGGUGGACAGCACAGUCGGGGGAAAAACCGGGCCCAGAGAGAGUUCUGUCUUACAUUCUUCAGCGCGGGGCUCGGGUGUCGGGGACAGCCUGCCUGUGGCCCUGCUCCCCAACCCCUUCUACAGAUACUUCUCUCUGCUCUUCCACAUCAAACCCACGUCCGACACCGCCUCUGUGCUGCUGGCGGUGACCGACGGCCCUCAGAACAUCAUGUACGUGGGGGUGAAGCUCAGCGCGGUGGUGGACGGGAAGCAGAAGGUGCAGUUCUUCUACACAGAACCCGACUCGGAUCGUUCGUACGAGGCCGCCAGCUUCAGCGUUCCCAGCAUGGUGGGCCGGUGGUCGCGCUUCGCUCUGUCUGUGUCCCAAGAGGAGCAGGUCAGCUUCUAUCACGGCUGCGACUCGGCCCCCCAGGUGCUUCGCUUCGAACGCUCGCCAGACCCCAUGGACCUGGACAAGGCCUCGGGGGUGUUUGUGGGACAGGCCGGGCGGGCGGACCCUGACAAGUUCCAGGGGGAGGUCCUGGAGAUGAGGCUGGUUGGGGACCCUCAAGAAGCCGAGCACCUGUGUGACGGGGACGAUGACACGGAUGCGGCGUCUGGGGACUUUGGGAGCGGAGCUGGAGACCGGAGCCAAACUGGCAACAGAGUGCAGACCUUGCUCCCACCACUGCGGCCUGUUCCGGAGCCUCCCAUCGUGGCGUCCAAAGGCGGCAGGAACACAGUGGACAUGUUUGAGCAGUGGUGGAGCACAGCUGGAAGGACUCGGUGUCCUGGAGGCGGGGGUCUGGUCCCUGGGUGGUUAGGGUGGUGUGAGUGA